AGUCUUAAAUUUCAGGAUAAUCCAAAAUAUUCGUUUGCAUCAGUUUGGUUUGCAUUGGGCUCUUAAACAAUUCUAUCACUUGGAUUUUUUUUUUUUUUAUAAUCGUGAGAAGAAACUUUAGGGUUUCACUGUUUCAGUGUUUUGAUUGGUGAAUUAUAAAGAUGCAGCAAUCUCCACAGAUGAUUCCGAUGGUUCUUCCUUCAUUUCCGCCCACCAAUAUCACUACCGAACAGAUCCAAAAGUAUCUUGAUGAGAACAAGAAGCUGAUAAUGGCGAUCUUAGAAAAUCAGAACCUCGGUAAACUUGCGGAAUGUGCUCAGUAUCAAGCUCUUCUCCAAAAGAAUUUGAUGUAUCUCGCUGCAAUUGCGGAUGCUCAACCUCAGCCACCACCAGCUACACUAACACCAGGGGCCAUGACUCCCCAAGCAAUGGCUCCUCAUCCUUCAGCAAUGCAGCCACCACCAAGCUACUUCAUGCAGCAACAUCAACAAGCUGCGGGAAUGGCUCAACAAAUACCGCCCGGGAUUUUCCCUCCAAGAGGUCCAUUGCAAUUUGGUACCCCGCAUCAAUUUCAGGAUCCGCAGCAACAAUUACAUCAACAAGCUAUGCAAGGGCACAUGGGGAUUAGACCAAUAGGUUUAAAUAAUAACAACGGACUGCAACAUCAAAUGCACCACCAGGAAACUGCUCUCGGCGCAAACAACGCGGGUCCAAACGAUACUAGUGGAGGAGGGAAACAGGAUGGGACCAAUAUGCUCCAGAGUGGAGCUGAUGGGCAAGGUGGCUCAGCCGCUAGACAUGGCGGUGGUGAUGCAAAAACUGAAGGAAAAUGAGAUGGAGGAAGAGGAAGUGAUGCUUCUUGUUGUCUUGUUGAUAUUAAUUAGGUUCUGCCUUUUUUUUCUCUCUUCAUUUUCACUUUCUUUUCACGAUGAUAAAAAGAAGUUUUGUCAUUUUAUCAGGUACUAGUCUCUGUUAAGGGUUCUGAGACAAUUGAGUUUCAGUUCCUAGAUGGAUGUGGAAUGGUUCACAUUCACAUGUAUUGUUAAAGUUGUUGUAUGGUAUUAGAGUCACCGGUUCGAUUUGGUGUAUGAACCGGUUUAGAAUCACACUCAACUGAUGAUAGUUACCUCCCGGUUUGUGUGCAAAUUGAUUCCAAGGCUUGAGAUGAUUUUAGUCAAAGUAA